AAUGGCGCUGGAGAUUCCCUGGAUUCCGGACCCACGAAUCCACGUUCGAGGCAGAGCCUUGAGGAUCUUGGCCGGGUCACGUGCGUCCAAUGCAGACCCCUGCUUGAUCUGGAGAUGGAACGGCCCUUCGACCAGCGUGAUUUGGCUCAACUUCUUCUUGCAGCACGCGUCUGAAAGGCAACAAUUGGCGAACUGUUCCACAGCAAGAGCCAACAUCUAGCAUGCCGAAACGAAAAGUUAAAGAAUUGGACCGCGGAUUGGAAGCACCACGGAGGACGAGUCGGAGAAUAUCUACCUCCAACGAUCCUCCUGAGACUGCCUCGAAGCCUGCACCCAACCCCGAGAAGUCAAAAAAGGCUGAGAAGAGCAAGAAAGUUAAAGAGACGGCAGUGAAUAGCAAGCAAGGGGAGGAUUCAGAAGCCAAGCCGAAGAAAGCCCCCAGGGCUGCGAAACCUGUGUCCCAACCCGCGACCUCUGAUGCUGCUCUCUCCUCGGGUCGUCAAUACUGGCUCUUGAAGGCGGAACCAGAGUCUCGAAUCGAGAAGGGCCACGAUAUCAAAUUCUCGAUCGAUGAUCUCGCAGCAAAGACGGAGCCGGAACCUUGGGAUGCACGCAACAAUCUCCGCGCAAUGAAGAAAGGCGACCUUGCAUUUUUCUAUCACUCAUCCUGCAAAGUCCCUGCCAUUGUCGGAGUCAUGGAAAUCGUUGAGGAGCACUCACCUGACCUCUCAGCACAUGACCCAUCAGCACCAUACCAUGACCCCUCAUCCAGCCCUGAUAACCCCAAAUGGUCUGUCGUACACGUGACCUUUCGGCAGAAGCUCACCACUCCGGUCACGCUCAAAGAGUUAAAGGUAUGGCAGGGAGAGAAGGGACAUCCGCUGGAGAACAUGCAGAUGUUAAAGUUAGCGAGGAUCAGCGUGAGUAAGGUUUCGAGUGAUGAGUGGGAAUUCUUGGUUGGUGAGAUGGCGAAGAGGGGGGAUGUUGUUAAACAGUGAGUGCUGAAGGUGAAGCUUAGGUGCAUUGCAUACUAUGUUGUAUAAUUGGAGACGACUGACGCCAGUCCGGCCAUUUCGUGCUGUACUCCUAUUACCCAUUCGAUCUUACCUGUGUGAAUAUUUCACUCCCACGAAUGCACCGACAUAUCAGCACCUCAACUAACCUAAUAUUUUCCUAAAAAAAAGUUAUUCCCAUCACGAACCACAAACGAGAAGCCAAGAUGGGCAGCCGAGAGACAAAGAUGGCGCAUGCGGAAUACCGGAAGGUGAGGGGGCUAGUCCUCGAUUUCGAAGCCGACAAUGAGCGACGGGAAUCGAGGGCGGCUGGGCUGACCCCAACCU